CUCACUCAGACGGUAAACUCUCCGAGGUGACCUGAACGCACCACCGCUCCGGUUCAGUCGAGCACUGGUCCAUUCACAGUUCCAGACUCUGCGGUGGUCCGCUCCACAUCAGGCGCUGCGCUCGCACUGAGGGGUUCUGGCGAAGCUCGGGAUUUGGGGAAACGAUGGUGUGGAAGUCGGAAAGUAAUGAGCGAGGAUGCUGAAGCCACCGGGAAGCCCGCUUUGUUCGGACGAGGCUUCUGCGCCGCGGUGGUCCCGCAGCUCAUCCCCUGCUGCUUUGUCUUCACUUGGCUGGCUGACCGAGACCGCAGUGAAGGUCAGUGUGGAGUGCCGGCGUUGGACCAGCACCCGCGGGUCAGAACCAUGAGCCUGCAGGGAGCCGGUGACGCCGCGUCCGGGUCUGGAGGACAAGCAGGAGCAGAAAACUACUGGGAGCAUCACCGCCACUCUGGCGACCGGUCACGUGACUCGUCACAUGACCGAAGCGAGGGGCAGCUGACGCCCUGCAUCCGCAACGUCACGUCGCCGACUCGGCAGUAUGACCGUGAGCGAGGUGACGGGGGCUCGUCGUCCCGGUCGUCCAGCCCUCGCCCCCCCAGGGUUCCCCUCUCGUACGUGGGCGGAGCUCUGGUCCCAGGCCACCUCCCGCGCUCCUUCAGCGCAGCGCUGGGAGACCACCACCCCAAGACGCUGGGCCCCGGCUCCUGCGACAUGAUCUACGUGUACGACCUGGGCUGCAAGGAGCCCCACCGCGGGGGCCCACGGGCCGGGGAGCGGGUGACGCUCAUCGUGGACAACACCCGCUUCGUGGUGGACCCCGGCAUCUUCACGGCGCAGCCCAACACCAUGCUGGGACGGAUGUUUGGCUCCGGCCGGGACAACAACUUCACACGACCCAACGACAAGGGCGAGUUCGAGGUGGCCGACGGCAUCAGCUCCACCGUCUUCAGAGCCAUCCUGGAUUACUACAAGUCGGGGAUAAUCCGCUGCCCUGACGGCGUUUCCAUUCCUGAGCUGCGGGAAGCAUGUGACUACCUGUGCAUCUCCUUCAGCUACAGCACCAUCAAGUGCAGGGACCUGAGCGCCCUGAUGCACGAGCUGUCCAACGACGGAGCGCGUCUGCAGUUCGAGUCCUACCUGGAGGAGAUGGUGCUGCCGCUGAUGGUGGCCAGCGCCCAGAGCGGCGAGCGCGAGUGUCACGUGGUGGUGCUGACGGACGACGACGUGGUGGACUGGGACGAGGAGUACCCGCCGCAGAUGGGCGAGGAGUAUUCUCAGAUCAUCUACAGCACCAAGCUCUACCGCUUCUUCAAGUACAUCGAGAACAGAGACGUGGCCAAGUCGGUGCUGAAGGAGCGCGGCCUGAAGAAGAUCCGCCUGGGGAUCGAAGGUUACCCGACGUACAAAGAGAAGGUGAAGCGCCGACCGGGAGGUCGCCCGGAGGUCAUCUACAACUACGUCCAGCGGCCGUUCAUCCGCAUGUCCUGGGAGAAGGAGGAGGGCAAGAGCCGCCACGUGGACUUCCAGUGUGUCAAGUCCAAGUCCAUUACCAACCUUGCAGCCGCUGCCGCCGACAUUCCUGAGGACCAGCUGGUGGUUCUGCACCCGCCGGGUCCUCAGGUGGACGAACUGGACACGCCGCCGCAGCUAGGGGGCGCUGACGCUCAGCAGGCCGGUCCGGCGCCGGACGCCGGCGGCCUCCAGGGGGCGCAGCAUCAGGGCGCCGGGCACAGCCACCCGGACCCAGACACGCCGUCCCCCUCCGCAUGAGACCAGCACCACAACCUUAAUGUGCACAGAGACUGAGCGCACAGUGUGUGUGAGCGAGUGUGUGUGUGUGUUUUCACUUCUGCUGUAUCUCACAGGAAACCAAGCUGCUUGUUAAUAAAAGUUUC